AUGGCAGGAGAAGACGAUCAACCUAAAUGUCCUGUGGAUCAUUCAGCUAGAUCAUCAUGGAUACUGAAAGCUUUAUGGAGUGAACCUGACCAAUCCAAACCUGAAAUUAGUAAUACCCCAUCUACAUCCAUACCAACCUCAUCACCAUCAUUAGCAAGUACAACAGCACAAUCUGCAUGUCCAGUAGAUCAUUCUACUAGAGAGGCUUGGAUUAAGAAUGUAUCUGUUUCCACCGUAGAAGCCAUCGAAGUUGAUUCUACCAAUAAAUCAUGUUCAUCUGCUGAAUUAACCAAUACCCUUCAAGAUACCACCACAUCCAAUAUUGCCCUUCCAACUGAUAGAGAUAUAAGUUCGAUUCCUCGUACAUCAUCCGAAUCGAAUUGGAUUUAUCCUUCUCAGAAACAAUUCUAUGAAGCUAUGAAACGAAAGAAUUGGAAUCCAGAAGCAACCGAUAUGAAAACCGUCGUGCCUAUUCAUAAUGCUGUGAAUGAGAGAGCAUGGACUCAUAUUUUACAAUGGGAACAACCUACUUAUUCUAAGACUAUAGAGCAAUGUGGAGGGAUAACGUUGACUAGUUUUAAAGGAGAUCUGAAGAAAUUAACUCCAAGAGCCUGGUUCAAUUCGACAUUUUUAGGAUAUCAAAAGCCAUUCGAUAGACAUGAUUGGACCAUUAAUCGUUGUGGAGUCGAUGUAGAGUAUGUGAUUGACUUCUAUGGAGGGGCAGGUCAAGGAGCAAGUUUUUACUUGGAUGUUAGACCAAAGAUAAAUACGUGGGAAGGGUUUAAAUUACGGGUGUUUAGAUCUUUGAAUUGGAAUUGA